CCUCCCUCGGCGAGGCGCUCGGUGCGAGCAAACUCUACAGCGUGGUCAGUGCGGCGUCCUCCUCACUCCCCACCUCUCUCGCCAUCCUUGCCCCCUCCUCCUCCACGCCAACCCCCUUCCGCAACGACGCCACAGUCUGCAUCCGAACCGCUCCCUCCUUUCCUCAUAUCCACCCAUCGCCCAGCCAUCCUUGUACCUCGGCGCGUGCGUCCACAGACCAUACGCCGCAGCCCGGGCCGGCGCGCACCCAAUGAGCCGGUGUAUCGCGCCGACUCCGAUCCUCCAUCUCCAUCGCCAUGCUCGGUGUCGGCAUCCUUCGCCCGCUCAUCACGCUCCACCGUCAAAGCCGUCACAGAUCCCCUCGUUCUCAUCAUCACUUGUAUCCUUGUCCUACUUCGCCCCGUACCCCAUUCCUUCGCCUCGCCUCCUCCCGCAGACCCAUCACACCCGGUCCCGGAGUAUCGCUGCAUCACCGCCAUCAUCUCCGACACCCCCUGCUUCGCCCCGCACCUGCCUUCGAGAUCCCUCCCGGCAUCACUCUAGUCUCGCGGAGCAUAAGAGCUGCUGCCGCGCUCUCAUUCUCACCACCUCCUCUCCUCUCCUCACCUCUCACAACAUCACCCCGCCUCGACUUACACUGUCGACCAGCAAUGAGCUACUACUACGCCUGCACCGCGCCCAACUACGCGUACGCGUACAGCGCCACACCGAACCACUACAUCCAAAUGCCGCAGGGUCCCUACGGCUCGCCCGCCGUCGUGCCCAUGCAGCCCGGCGUCACCCCCGGCCAGCCGUACCAGUCCACGCCGUACGCGCCCUCGUACACGUAUCCCGCGACGUAUCCCGCGACGUAUCCCGCGACGUAUCCCGCGACGUAUCCCGCAACCUACUAUUCCGCGCCCAGUGAGUGGCAGCCGCAGAGGGAGCACAUGGUGCGCUGCGUCACAAAGGACGGCGCGCAGGAGUGGACUCACGAGUGGCGGUACAUGUACGCCGCGCCCGCGAAGACGGGGAAGGCGUGCGGGAAAUGCGGGGAGCGGAAGAAGAAGAAGUAGCUCACGCCAGGCUCGGACCAGGGCAGCCAGAACCAGUCGGGCUGAGCUAGAGAGCUGGAGCGGAGCUGGAGCUGGAGCUAGAGCAAGCACACAAGCACGCAAGGACGCAUCGCCGUAUACCAUAGCAUUUUUAUCCCUGUAGUUGGGCCUCGGCCGUUGAUUCAUUACUUGUCACUUUAA